UGUGUUUCUGCGUCAUCGCUCUCCAGCCAAUCGCGUGGCGACUUCCAGAAACGGGGCAGCCGAGACAUAAACCUCGCAAACAUGGCGACGCUCCGAGGAGAGUACGGAGAUUGGAAAUACGACCGUUUUUAACCGAGAACAUCAGCUCCUGCUCGCAUGCGACGAUGUGGUGGGGUUAGCCGGAGCCACCGCACGCACAGCCUGUUAGACGAUGUUUGCAGAGGCCAGUCUGUCCAUCUGGGGAUGGGGGGGUCUUGGAGUCGUGCUGUUCCUCGUCACCUUUGGACCGUUUGCCAUAUUCUACCUGGCCUUUUAUGUCUUCUGCUUCAUUGGAGGGGGCUUUGCGGUCACUCUGCUCUAUGGAAAGAUCAACUCGGAGAGACACCUGGAGAAGUGCGAGCACUCUUACUUGCCACCCACACAAAUUGGUAUACUGAAGACGUUGGAUGAGAUGAAGCUGGAGAUGAAGCCCAUAAAGAUUGACAGGAGACUGACUGGCUCCAGUUUCAUAGAUGAACCACUACAACAGGUGAUCCAGUUUGCUCUGAGAGACUACAUCCAGUACUGGUACUACACCCUGAGCGAGGAUGAGUCCUUCUUGUUGGAGAUCAGGCAGACGCUGCAGAAUGCCCUCGUCCAGUUCUCUACAAGGUCCAAAGAGGUGGACUGGCAGCCUUACUUCACCACUCGCCUGGUGGACGACUUUGCCACCCAUUUACGUGUCUUUAGAAAAGCCCAGGAUCGCCUCGCCGACCGAGAGGACAAGCAGAGAGACAUAACAGAGGAGCUGGUGGACUCCUUCUUUGAGGCCGAGGUGGAGAUGGAGAGGAAGAUUUGUCGAGACGUGGUGUGCACUUCAAUCAAAGACGAAGAAGGUUUUCUUCGAGACUUGUGCGAGCUGCUUCUGUAUCUGUUACUACCUCCUGGAGAUUUCCACAACAAGAACAUGAGAUACUUCCUACGGGAGGUGCUGGCACGCGGUGUGCUGCUUCCUCUGAUCAACCAGCUUAGUGACCCGGACUACAUCAACCAGUUUGUCAUCUGGAUGAUCCGGGACUCCAGCUGCAACUAUGAAGCCUUCAUGAACAUCCUGAAGCUGACGGACAAGCCUCCAGAACUGGAGGCCGUCAAAGACAAGGUGCUGGAGGAGCUGCAGUACCUCCGCUCCCUGGACACUGCCGGAGAUGACAUCAAUGUGAUCAAGAACCAGAUCAACAGUCUUCUGUUUGUGAAGAAGGUGUGUGAGACCAGGAUCCAGAGACUUCAGUCUGGCAAGGAGGUGGAUGCCCUGAAGCUGGCAGCCAACUUUGGCAAGCUGUGUGUUAUCCCACUGGAUCACAUCCUCAUCCACAACAUCGCCCUGCAGUUCUUCAUGGACUUCAUGCAGGCAGCAGGGGCCCAGGCCGAGCUGUUCUUCUGGCUCACUGUGGAGGGCUACAGGGUGACGGCUCAGCAGCAGCUGGAGGCCAUGCAGGGCUGGCAGAAAGAUGGCAUGAAGCAGCCCAGCGCCACCAAGGGGCUGCUGAAGGCCGCUGCACUGGGUGUCUUCGAACAAUACCUCUCUGACAAGGCGUCCCCCAGGGUGCAGGUGGACGAGGCAUCCGUCACAAAACUAGGGGAGAAGCUGCAGAAAGACGACCCCACGCCAGAGAUCUUUGACGAAAUCCAGAGAAACGUGUAUGACAUGAUGCUACGUGAUGAGCGUUACUACCCGUCCUUCAAGCAGAGUCCUCUCUACGUCCGCAUGCUGGCAGAGCUGGACAUGCUGAAAGAGCCGAGCUACCGGGGAUCUGACGACGGCGAAGGAGAGUCCUUCAACGGCUCUCCCACAGGAAGCAUUAACCUAUCUUUGGACGACUUGUCCAACUCCUGCCAUGAUGAAUCUAUGCACCUACAUGCCUUCAUCUCCGACACAGGGGUUUGCAACGACCACGGCAAAACCUACGCGCUAUACGCCAUCACUGUGUUCAGACGCAACCAUGACGGCAGCGAGGACUGCUGGAAGACCUACCGUCGCUACUCAGACUUCCACGACUUCCAUAUGAGGAUCACUGAGACGUUUGAGAACCUGGCGUCCAUCCUCAAGCUGCCAGGGAAAAAGACCUUCAACAACAUGGACAGAGACUUCUUGGAGAAGAGGAAGAAGGACCUCAAUGCUUACCUACAGUUGCUGCUGAACCCAGAGAUGGUGAAGGCUUGUCCAACUCUGAUUCCCUACGUCUACGACUUUCUAGAGAACAAGGCCUACAGCAAGGGAAAGGGAGAGUUUGCGCGCAAGAUAGACACAUUUGUAAAUCCUCUGAGGAGCUCCAUGAGGAACGUGUCCAACGCUGUGAAGGCCCUGCCAGACAGCCUGGCUGAGGGGAUGACCAAGGUGUCUGACAACAUGGGCCGCAUGUCAGAGAGACUGGGCCAGGACAUCAAGCAGUCCAUACUGAAGGUGCCUCCACUCCUCCCCAAGACCGACAUCGACCCCGAACACUGUCGAGUCUCUGCUCAGCUCGAUGACAACGUGGAUGAUAACAUCCCGCUGAGGGUAAUGCUGCUGCUGAUGGAUGAGGUGUUUGACCUGAAGGAGAAAAAUCAGUGGCUGCGCAGGAACAUCAAGAACCUGCUGCAGCAGCUCAUCAGGGCCACGUAUGGAGACACCAUCAACAGGAAAAUUGUGGAUCAUGUGGAUUACAUGACCUCACCAGAGCAGGUUGCAGAUUACGUCAAGAAGUUCAGGGAUUCCUACUGGCCCAACGGCAUCCUGGCCGAGACGCCGCCCCGUCGGGACAAGAACAUUCGCAUGAGGACACGAGUAGCUGCCAAGACCAGCCUGCUGGGAAUCAUGCCAGAUGAGCUGAAGCACAUCAUCGGGGCGGACACCACGAGAAAGGGCAUCCUCCGCGUCUUCGACAUGUUCCAGUACCAACCCAUGAACCGCCGGCUAGUCUACGUUUUCCUGGAGGGCUUCUUGGAAACGAUGUUCCCGCAGUACAAAUUCCCAGAGCUCUUCGUCAAGCUGCACUCCCGCUCGCCACGCAUCCACAGAUACAGCCAGAAACUCAAAUCGUCCUCCCUCAAGAGGUGACAGGAGAGGACAGAGGCAGCGGGACAUGAGCCGACUAGACACACACAGACUUGAGAGUGAGAGUGGGAGGGCUUGAUGUGAAUGUUGAGGGGUGUGUGUAUGUAUAGGUGUGAUAUCUGCCCUUCCACUCCCUUUACACACUCUUUUCAGUGAAAACACUCCAAUUAUCCAGCUGAUAAUUUCUGUGGAGACAGAACUGAAGGAUGAACACACACUCUGCCCUCCUCUCACUCUGUGACACACACUCGCACCUGCGCAAACACAAAUCCUGUAAUUUGCACCAAGACCGAACAUGGCAGUCUUUCUCUUUUAGUUUUGAAUAUUCUCCCUCCUUCUUUUUUUUGGACUUUUUAGUUGUGUUUAGCUUUAUCCUGGGCCAGUCAAUGCUGCUUUCUCGUGGUCCAGAGAGCAGACCACAAGUACUGUCUUGUUUUUAAACUGCAGGAGUUGAUAGCAUAGACCCACACCUUGCCUUACCUUCCUGCUUCUGUCUUCUGGCCGGCACAGUUCUACCAUCUGAGUGACCCGGCCUCCUCCGCUGUAGUCAAACUUCCCCUCAUGCUGUAGAUGUUUUAUCUGCAAAAGCUGCACACUUGCUUACAUGCAAAUGAUGUUUUGUUUUCAUAGCAACCAAAUAUGUCAAUCGCACUGGGUUCAGAAGGCGCUGUUUUUAAAAAAUGUGACUGAACAAAUGUGGGACAAAAAGGAUGAUUUAGAUUUGUAUCGUCUUCUCUGGAUGAGAAUUAUAUUUCUUUCCUAAAGUGUUUCAUCAUCUGUACCACCCGUGAUCCUCCAAGAACAGGCCACAUCCCCUUUAACGCUACUGUCAUGAACUGAGACAACCAAAGCUCAUGCUGUUCCAUACGUGUGUGUGUGCACUGGUUCAACGUCGGGAUCCUCUGAACAUAACUGUGCUUCAUAUCGUUAGUCGUGUGAGGAAAGAGAACUCGAAGAUGACCUUGUCGUUACCUAAAAGAUGAGGCUGUCCAGGCGCACCGUCAAAGAAUGUACUCUGUGGUCUAGUCUGUUUGGCCUGUGUAGAAUUGAGUGUGUGUGUGUGAGUGUGUGUCGUCAGUCAGAAACUGUGCCAGUGUGAGUUAGUGAACCAGCCUUAAAACUACAUACAGUAUAUACUGACCAAGAGCCGCAGGCAGAGGCAGCGCUCCUCCACGCGACUGAACGUUACGAGGAAAUCAAGAUAGAGAUAUGGAGAUAUAUCCCUAAUCACUUUAAUUCAGAGAAAAUGUCUUUAAUUUUGUGCAAUAUUUUUUUCUUUUAAUGCAUGUGCAUUUUGAAUCAUUGUAUACUGAGAAAAAGUAAUUCGUAUUGUUUUAACGGUAGAAAAGAUGAAAGAAGUUUCCCCUCAGACGUCUUCUCCUCCCGACAACUCAACAUUCCGUUGUUGUAAAAGUACAAUGUUUAUUUUACAGACUUGUUUUAUAAGUCUGAGUUUUUUUCUUUUUGGUUUUCGUUUUUGGCGUGUGGGGGAUAUUUCCCACGUAUCUCUCGCCCACCCUAACAGAAUCCGUGUUGUGGGUAUGGACCGGGCGGUGGCAGGGGGUUCUGUGUCGCGGCCUGAUGAUUAGCUCAUUGGGCUAAAGCUAGUUGAAAGGCGGCCUCAGACAACUGAUUCUUUUUAACUCUUGAGUGGCGUUUUAUGCAUUCAUUCUGUUGAGUGUGAACAGAUCUUUGUCGGUAUGAACGGACCGCUGGAGGGACCGCCCCUUCUCCUCCUGUCCUAUAGGCACACAGGAGAGCCGUAUCCUGUGACCAAUGGAAUCACUGCUAAUGAGCACUUAACGUAGCAACUGUGGGAAAGCCUCUCCCAUUGGCUGGAAGGAGCCCCAUUCUGCUGCAGCCAUAGGAUGGAAACUCACUCGUCUGCUUUGAUUUGCUUGCACUGAGCAGCCCUGGUGGACUCUGAUUGGCUGAGCGGGAGGACAUGAACUUGGACCUCUCUCACCGGGAGGUCCAUAUUUUGUCCCGAGGUGGAGGAGGUGGUGUCACUACCUGCACAUCUCUCCAUACAGGAAGGCUUGUCUUUUUUUUUAACCCCAGUAUUUAUGAUAAUCUAUGAUAAUGAAAAAUGUGCAUAUCUGUGUACAGUAUGUGUUAAUAGUGUGCCUAAAUGUACUGUCAACUCUAUUUUCAUAUUUUUCUUUAACCUAAAAAAAAACCAAUCAGAAUGUCAUGAUCAUUUUACGCGACUGAAAAUGACUUUAGGGUGUUUUUUUGCAUCAUGCUUAUCAAACUCUUCCUUGUGAGCAAACUGUGCUCAGAUCAGUAUAACACUAAUAAAAGGUAACUCAGACUAACUGAC